CUUAAAGAACAAAUAUAAGGAAGAAGAAAAUGGAGUGAAAAUGGUUGAAUUCAAAGCCAAGGGAAAGUGCACCAUAAUGCUUUGUUGUCAUCCAUAUGAGAUGCCCCAUAUCAUAAGAACAGGAUAAGAGUCUCUCCAUAGAGCUUAACAGAGGCAUAACUCGAGAAGCAGAAAUGGCUACUUGUAUCAUGACGGCUGCUAAAACCCCAUUAAUUGUUUCAAACUCACAAUCUUCAAACCUUCGUUCAAAUCAUCUUUUAAUCUCUUACUCAAAUCAAGUAAUCACUUUUCCAAGACUAUCUCUCAGCAUCAACAAAAAACCCCAAUUCCCAAAAUUUAGGGUUUCUGCUUCAUCAUCAUCAUCAACAGCUUCUCCUCCUAUUGUCCCAAAAUCAAACCCUAAGAAACCCAAUACUCUUCUGUCCGAUUCAAUUACAUCAAUUUUUGCAAUUGGUUUAUCAUUAUCGAGAAUCUUUCAAGGGGUUUUAAACAAGGCACCAGAAUUGGGUGGGAAUUUGGUGAAUACUGCUGGUCCAUUGUUUUUUGCUGCGAUUAGGGAAAGACCCAAAGGUUAUUUGAAUACACCACUGACUGUGGUUGCUUCUGGUAUGUCAAAAUGGCUUGAUAUUUACAGUGGGGUUUUGAUGGUGAGGGUGUUGCUCAGUUGGUUUCCUAAUGUUCCAUGGGAUCGUCAACCACUUUCUGCAAUUAGGGAUUUGUGUGAUCCUUAUCUGAAUUUGUUUCGAAAUAUUAUUCCACCAAUUUUUGAUACAUUGGAUGUCAGUCCGUUGCUUGCUUUUGCUGUUUUGGGUGUUUUGGGGUCAAUUCUUAAUAAUAGCAGGGGAAUGUAUUGAUUGGUGAAGUGAUGAUGGAUUUGGAGAUUGAUGGGGUUUUCAUAUGGUUUAUACAUCUGGGGCAGCACUAGAAUUGGAGUAUUGGAGUAAGUUCCGCAGCUUUAAGUUUUAUGUUUCGUUUGCUAUUAGUACUGUAAUAGUUGAUAUUGCUGAAUAUAGUACUGAUUAUCUUAUCUGAAUAUAUAUGAAUGCUGAAAUUUUGCGAAA